CACCAAGACCUCAUCAAGAAAACUCACUCAUGGAAUUCACAUUUUAGAAGACAAUUGAGCCAGAUGUUAUGGGAUAACACUUUAAGAAGAAAAGCAGUGACGAACUGCACAGGGUAUGCACCUUUCUGCUCUGUAUUCACCUUUCUGCUCUGACUUUGAACAAGAACAUGUUCAUAUAACUAUUAUUCUGUUUUGAGAACAGCACAAAGAAUAUAGUGAUUGUUGCAAGAGUUUAAAUGACCGAUAAAGGGUUAUUAAACGAGACAAUUUGACACAAGUUUUCAGAAUAAGAAGGGGCCAUUUCCGUGCGUAACGGUGUGUAUGGCGCUUGGAGAGGCAUACGUUCCCUCUCCAAUCUCACCGCAAAAAAUUGCGAUGGCGAGGUGGUUUAAAGAGUUUCCCAUCAACUUCAGAAAUGGAACAGAUAAAAUUCGUUCCGUCUCGGAGUCGGACUCUCAGAGCCGUGACAAGCCUGCAGGAACCGUGGGCAUGGGCACCGCUACGAGGGGGAGUCCGCGUAAAGGCUCUGGCGUUGGCAGAAUAAGCGGCGGGGUGAGCUGCCUUCUGUCAGGAUCAGGAAGGAAUCGGAAAAACUCUACCAACGAAUCCUGCCACAGUGUGAAUAAGGAUGAAAAGGUUUGGGACAGUCUGCUCUCUGGAAAAAGUAGGAAAAACUCCAAAUCAGUGGCUGUAUCUGAGGAGCAUAAUCGGACACUGAAGAAUUGCAUCUCGGCAGGUUCCUACAUCACCCGACUCAUCAAAGUGGAGAAACAAGAUAGGAUACAAAAUCCCAGCAAUGCAUGUACUCCUCCGAUGGAAGAAACAAAUAAAGGCACGAUGGUUGGCAAAACCGAGACGCUUAUUAUCAGGGAGGAUUAUGCGGAUCCGUUCGAUGCCCAGAGGAACCGAAAGCAGAGCGUGUCCCCAGGGAGGGGAGAGAACGACGGGUACAUGGAACCGUACGAUGCCCAACAGCUCAUCACAGAGAUCCGGCGCAGAGGGUCCAAGGACCUGCUGAAGAUGUCCACUCUCCCGGAGGGUGGCGAAGGCCUGAGGGACGAGCCCCCGCCGCGGUCCUCUCAUCCUCUGCAGAUAUACGAUGACCCGUAUGAGGGAGCCGCAGAGACGCCUGUGAGCCGCCCAGAGUCCGACCCGCGCUCCCCAGCGGAGUACGAGCUGCCCUGGGAGUGGAGGAGGGAGCAGAUCCUGAAGGCGCUGUCAGUUCCAUUUGAUGAUGCUGCUGAUCACCCAGCCCCAGCCAGAGAGGAGGCAGCGGCCCCACACCUCUCCUGGCCCCAGAUGCAUCACCUGCAGCACUGGAGCUGGAGCCAGAGGGCCCCCAGACCCCCCCAACCAUCCAGCCAGGCCGUCCCCAGAGCCCCCCAACCAUCCAGCCAGGCCGUCCCCAGAGCCCCCCAACCAUCCAGCCAGGCGGUACCCAGACCCUCACCACCUAGCCAGGUCAGACCCUCACCAUCCAGCCAGGCCGUCCCCAGACCCCCCCAACCGCCCAGCCAGGUGGUCCCCAGGCCCCCACCACCAUCCACCCAGGCCGCUUCCAGGCCUCCAACACCCAGCCAGUCUGGCGGGGGCCCUGCCUGCACUUCUGAGGGAGAUGGAUGCAGGGUGGAUCCCAGUGUGCCUCUGGAGACGCAAAGCUGGUACCAUGGCAGUGUGACGCGGCAGGAAGUGGACUCUCAGCUGCAGUCCUGCAAAGAGGGCAGUUUCCUGGUCAGAGACAGCGAAUCAGGAACCAGCAAGUACUCCAUUGCGCUCAAGACGAGCCAGGGCUGUGUGCACAUCAUCGUGGCGCAGACCAAGGAGAGCGGCUUCACCCUGGACCAGAGCCGCUGCACUUUCCCCAGCAUCCCCCAGGUGGUGCACUUCUACUGCACUCAGCCGCUGCCCUUCCCCGGAGCCAAUCACAUGACCCUGAGGCACCCCGUACCCCGCCCACUCUAGUCACAUGACCAGGGUGCUCCUGCCAAUCGGAGGGGGAGGGGGGUACUACCUGAGACGUUCACCUUACACUGGGGCUCUCAGGGACUACAAGAACUGUAGCAGAUUUUCAAAUGCUGUAUUAAUGGAUGUAUACUGUGAAAUACACGGAGAGUGAUAUAUUUUUUUGAGGCUGUUUCAUUUGAACUGCUAUGAUAUGCUGUAACACAUGAGAUAAUGUAACUCUCACACCCACCAGUUUAUAUGACUCCCAGCAGCACAGAUAGAACAUUUCUACUACAGUACUGAAGCAAAUAUAGUGGGAGAAAUCCAUUUGCCUGGGAUUCCCCUGAACUGAUUGUAAAUAUAGGAUAAUGAUACUUCCUGGGCUUUCAUUUCAACAGUGUUGAGAGUUUCUUCUCCAGUGCUGCAACUUGCCCCACCCCAGUAGUGUGUCACACACAGCUGUAGAGCUCCAGGGAUAAAUGUGUGUGUGUGUAUGUGUGUGUAUGUGCGCUUGUGUAUGGAUGC